AUGGCGGGUGGGAAGAGAAAACAAAGAAAACCAGAAGGUGACGUAUCAAAUCUUCCAUGUGAUAUCAUAUUCAGUAUACUGUUAAAAUCAUCUGUCAAGUCUCUGCUACGAUUUAGGUGCGUUUGCAAAUCAUUGCUAGCUAUAAUCUCUGAACCCCAAUUCGUGAGAUCGCAUCUAAAUGAAUCAAUUAAGUUGGAUCGUCAAAGAAUCUUUCGCUCGGACUCGAGGUCCGACUAUUUCUAUUCCACAGGCUAUGGAGGUGGUGAUGAUUUAGAGCAAAAACUAUGCUUUCCACGUAAGAAGUCUGUUUGGCCGCAUUGGCGACAGAAGGCUAGAGUGGUGUGUUCUUGUAAUGGUUUAGUACUGUUAGAUUUUGACAACAAGACAUGUGCACUGUGGUAUCCAUCCACCAUAGCAUACAAAAGGUUGUCAUGUCCACAUAACUGGAGAUUGCUCCCCCGCUACACCCCACCAUACGACUGUCCUAGUGAUUCCGAUUGCGAUAGCGAUGACAAAGGAAAUUGGAGACUUGCAAGAGUUGCCUACGUGAGGCCUCACUCUCCAACAUACCUCUCUUCCAUCUUUUCUAGGGAUUCCUAUUUGAGUUCAUCAGAUUGUGGGAGGCAGAGAUUUGAUGAAAGCUCCCGAUAUGAGGGUAUUCAUGGAACAUAUAUGAUUGUUUACUAUGAUGUGGUGAAUGAGGAGUUCAAGGAAAUGCCACCACCAAAUUGUAUAAAUAAAGGAAAUAUAUUUCGUUUGACGGUUAUGAGAGGAUGCCUGAGUAUAUAUUGUAAUAUCGGUGAUCAGAAAUAUGUUGAGGUGUGGACCAUGAAGCAAUAUGGUGAGCAUAAUUCUUGGACUAAGUUAUUUGUCAUCUCACGUUGGGUGGGAGCAACACAUUUAGGUCAUGUGAUGCCAUUGUGUGCUACGGAGAAAGGUGAAGUUGUGAUAAUAAUUGACGAACGAAGGAUAGCCAUCUAUAAUCCUAUAAAAAACAAGUUCAGGAGUCUUAGGCAUACAAAAAUAGACCAAUAUCCAGGUCCAGUUUUAGUUGUGGAUAGUUUAGUUUUGCCCAUUGGUAAUGGUGCACCCCAAGUAAAAGGAAAGAGGAAAUGGGAAUUGUAA